GGGUAGUUUGGGAAUCAGCAUAGCUGGUGGAAAGGGCUCACUGCCUUACAAAGAUCACGAUGAGAGUAACUGCAGGGGGGCCAUCUGAAAAGGCUGGAAUCCAUGUUGGAGACAGACUGCUGGAGGUCAAUGGCAUCAGCAUGCAGGGGGCGACCCACCACGAAGCGGUCAGCGCCCUCAGGAAUGCUGGGAGUUGCAUCAAGAUGAAAGUACUCAGAGAGAGGCUUCUACCUCGAGUGGUGCGUGACCUGGAUGUGUCUCAGGAUCCUCGGGAUGUGGCUGGACGGCAGCUGUGCAGCCAGCACGGCGGAGGCCGGAGUAAACAGCUCAAGCUGGAGAGCGCAGAAGACUGUGUAUCCAAGAAGAUUGAGGCGGUUGUGUGCAAUGGCAACGGCAUUUCUGAUUUGGAGAGUGAUCUGAAAAGGACUGUGUCUGAGCUGGUGGCGGAGGCUUUAACAAAAAACGAUUUCCUAGCAGGGGGGAAACAGACGAUGACAAUCCCCCGGAUCAUCCUCACUCAUCCCUCUACCUCAGAUGAAGAUGUGGAGCUCUUGACACAAAGCCCCUGCAGAGAACUGCUACGUGACUUUGACGGGUCCUGGCAAACGAGCGCACGCUGACCGCUGCGACAGUGCUUUCUGUCUGCCCUGACCACAGAUUGGUGCUGCAGAGAUGCAGGACACAGACUGUUACUCUCCAGCUAUUUGUUUUAUUUCAGUACUGAAGCUUCACUGAUGUUACUGUGUAGUCUAGGUUUGAAACAGACUGUUGGAAUGUGGUUUUUACUGUCACUGCAAAGCUUGUUUGCCUGUCAGUUUCAACUGCUGCUGAUAGUGUUUAAUAAUUUUUAAAGCUUUAAAUGCUUAUUAGAAAUGUUUGUUUUUUUCUUGCAAAGCUGAAUUAAGACGACUGUACAGCUCUGCAAAGUCCACAUAAAAUACAGGUUGGAGUGUCAAAUGUGAUCACUUAAACAGCGAAUGAUUGCUGGAUACCUCUGCUUCACACCACGGAGUGUAAGUGUGAAGCCCUUAAACCUUUUAUAGCCCACGUUGUGAUAAAAUGCUACAUGGAUGAACAGAGUGCACAGCAGGGAGUCUGAAUCCCACAGAGACCUGAGUCUGACUGAACUCCGCUUCUCAUCUUCACACACCUGCUGUAUGAGCAAAACGCACACUUGUGAGAUUAUACGCAGAGCUGAGGGAGAGAACGGACACAUCGCAGGAGGAAUCUGCAAUCUCGCUUCCACAGCCCUAGAAUGUUCAGACCGUGAAUGCAUAAUUACAUCGUGUUACUUUCUCAAUAAAAAGCAGCAAUAUCAAUA